AGUGACGUCAGGAGACUCCACAGAUAAGAGAAUGAGAGCGGUGAACCCUGGGAUAGAUUCUGAACUCCAGAGAGGAGUCCACGCUGCUCUGUCUCACUCUUCUUCACCGGUACUACACCGCACCGAGUGCAGCUCCCUGUGAAUAGACGAUCUCUGGCUCCGGCAGCCAUACUGACAGUGUCUGUGACAGAUGAAGGCUCAGGACCACAGACUGUAAAUAAAGACGCUGCUGCUGUUCACUGACUCACAGACAACAGACAUGAUCACCGACUCUGCAACGCUUCGACUGCAGGAGAGCCUCUAACGGGAGGAACCACGCCGGCAGACACGUCCCUCACCUCGGCCGCGACGUUUCCAGCAGCAGCGGAGUAACACGCCGACAGGUAUGUCCUCAUCCGCGGGGAAGAAGAAGCACGUUCGGUUCGCCAGCCUGGAGGAGGAGGAGGAGGAGGAGGACAACGAGCAGGAGGAGGACACCCUGUUCGACAAGAGGAAAGACGGCGGGUCCGGGCGCGGACUGAAGAGCGCGCUGAAGGCGGCCAAGAGGGCGACGAACCCGGGAUGCGACGACCGGGUGCAGGUGGUCGGCGGAGGGAGGGGCGGGACCGGAGCGUGCGGCCGCUGGAUGGUCACCCUGGUUCUGUCCGCGUCCUUCCUGGGCCUGGGGAUGGGUAUCUCUGUCCUUGGCCCCACGUUUGAAGACCUGGCUGUGAAUGUGAAGAAGAACAUCAGCAACAUGUCCUACAUCUUCGUGGGUCGCUCUGUGGGAUACAUAGGAGGAUCCCUCUUAGGGGGCCUUCUCUUCGAAUGCAUGAGCCCCCACCUCCUGCUCGGUUUAUCGAUGCUGGUCACAGCCUUUGGAAUGUGUGCUAUCCCGUUCUGUACGCAGGCCUUGGUCCUCACUUUGCUCAUGUCCAGCAUUGGGAUGUCUAUGGGUGUACUGGACACAG